AUGAAGGAUGGAGACGUGUCUUUGACUCUGAAGGAUGUGACGGCUAUUGAUACUGGAACAUACGAGUGUGGUGUCUUCAUGGCAAAAACAGACUCAUCGCAGCUCAUCAGCAUCAUCAGCCUGAAAGUUGUUCCUCCAGACCAGAAAACCAUCACAGCUGAGUCUGGACAGGACGUCACUCUGACAUGUCGAGCUCCACGAGGCAAACCCAUCAGAGCUGUGAAGUGGAGCAGAGCUGACCUGGGAGAUGAAUAUGUGCUUUUGUACCGGGAUGAGCAGCUGGAUCCAGAUCUCCAGCAUCCAGCUUUUAAGAAGCGGGUGGAUCUGCAGGACAGACAGAUGAAGGAUGGAGACGUGUCUUUGAUUCUGAAGAAUGUGAAGAUUAUUGACACUGGAACAUACGAGUGUGGUGUCUUCAUGGCAGAAACAGACUCAUUGAAGCUCAUCAGCCUGAGAGUUGAUCCUCCAGGUCACACAGGAGGACUCAGAGUGGAUGGAUCUGUUGGACUGCUCAUUGGUCUGAAUGUUUUUGCCGUGUUUCUUGUUGCUGUUGUUAUUGUUUUUGUGAUCUAUAGAAAAUAUGAACGACAGAACCGGGAUUUUAACUCCUAGAAAUGUCUCAGAGCUUUUUCCAGCUUUGAGUCUGCUGCCGCUGUUCAGAGUUCUGGGUGUUGUCAGUGUUUAAAAUCAUACAGAAACAGAUGAACUGAGCACAGACAACAGGCCCACAAACACUGUAUGUACAUUUCAUUUUUACUCAAUGUUUUUGUCUUGAGGUUUAAAAGAUUGUCGAUCAACAGACCAAACGGCCUCUUCGGACUUCCAUGCAAACAAGAAGUGUUGGCUCCACCUUUAAAGAAUAAGAGGAAGUGAAGCGAUCAUCCAUCUUUGAUUCCUGGUUCACACUAAAACGCGAGGAGUCGGAGGGCUUUUCUUCUUCUCUGAUGUGUUUGUGUCUCCUCGUCUGAAGGAGGAGACAAAGUGAAGGAAGCACAGCUGUGUCCUUAGCAGCAGAGUUUAACCUUCAGCUUUAAUAGAAGGCCACAGCUGGAGGAUAAACAAGUCUUCCUUUUAAUACAACUUUGCUAUCAGUAAAUGACAGAGAAACCUCAGUCAGCAUAUGUAAACACUCACUCACUGUUUUAACUGCUCCCUUCUCUUAUUUCCUACAAUGCAUCCUAAAUUACUCACAUCUUACUCCCUCUCACUGGAGGAGAGGAGUCAAGGAAACAAGAAUUUAAGUGGACCACAGGUGCAGUCCAGCUACAGCUGUGUUUAUGAUCUCAGGUGUUGCAGUGUUCAUCACAUGUUUGAUUUUUAUGCGGACUUUAAAUUCACAACAUGGAUCAAAGUGAAAGACUUUGAAGGACAGACAGUUUAACUCUGUGUUCAAGGAGUCUUCCUCCCUCCAUGGUUGUACUUGUGUGUCACACCUCUUUGACACAUUAAAAACAAAAGAAGCUUCUGGGAAGGAUCACAUGUGCAGCCUCCUCUCUCCUCUGUCCUGCACAUGUUUUUCUAAUACAUCCUACAAGAUGAGAGAAGCAUCACUGAUGAUCUGCUUGUAUCCAUGUUAGUGUUAAAGUCCAACAUCUCCCUCUAGUGGCCAUAUAUUAACCAUGUGUGAGCAUGGUGUUAAUGUAAACUCUGACACAUUUUCUCUUAUGACUUUAGUAUGAAGGCAAACAUCAAAAUUGCAACAUCAAGGGUUUUUUGUUUCUUUAUGUAAAAUGUGAAAUCUUGUUCAGUUGUAACUUGUGUGUUUAAUAUUAUACUUACUGAGUGUUGUUCAGUGUGAGCUGGACUGUGUGUUUGUGGUCUGUGGUUAACUGAAGCUAACAACUUUACAGUCACCCAGCAUCCUGUUUCUGAGGACAGGGCUGUUUAUUUUAAACACUAGAAGGAACCUGGAUAAGUAAAAAUAUUAAUGAGA